AUGCCAAAUCGGACCCGGAGGCAUAUCACAACUAUAACUUAUCCUAGGCGAGUAUCUAAAGACACACCUGAAGAUGAAUUGCCUCCAAAUAGUUUACUUUCCGUGGAUGACUUCGAGGGAGAGAACGACCUUAUAGCAACCAGAGACAACCUCGUUGGAGUAUGUCUGGUAGUCGCACUGAACACCGUAAUUCUAAUGCUAGUGAUGUGGCAGACUUCAAGACUUUUUUCAAAGGUAGGUUCCAGCCGAUUGGGUUUUGCAAAAAAGUACAUGAAUGGAGGCGGCUGGUGGAUAUUGCUUAGUGCCUUGAUAGGAAACGGCCUGGGUUGUUUCGUAGGAUACAUGCUGAAUUACUCUGUUCUGGCUCUUGGAUUCAGUUUCAUGAUUCUUGCAGUCUCAUUUUUACUCGUUGGCUCCAGGGCCAUGAUCAUUGGUGGUAUUAGUGGAGCCCAAAUAGGCGCAAUAUUAGGUGUUAUCAGGGGUGGCUCCAUGAGUUCUACUAUCGUUCACACUAUUUUUUGUUUUUGUGCCGGCUUUGCAAUCGGAUACUUUCCAAUCUUCCCAUAUAUUAAGAUAAACUCAAGAUACAUCGAUAAAUCUCUCAAGUAUAGAAGUCCGACACCAUCGAAUCUCAAUUCAAGGCUUGAUUCUCUUAAUCCUAAUAUUUCCUCAGCAUACUCUAAUUCCCUUUUUAUUGCCUACAUGGUAUAUCUACCUUGUCCAAUAAUUAGAACAUUUUUACUUUAUCUACCCUGUAACUUCCAUCUGCCACGUAAAUGCCAAACAUACUGUACCCGUUUUUGUAACAUACAACUGGUAUCCAUACUGUACCUACUGUUCUUAUAA